AUGAACUUUUCAGUCUCUACACACUCCUAUUUUAACCGCAACCGCUCAGUGUUCAUUUGUCCAGAUGCUCCGCAAUUUGUUUGGGACUUAGAAGAAAGAAACUCUCUUCAGCUGGCAAUCGCCUUCGUAGCUAUCAUUUGUCCAUGCACCAUUCUUUUGAAUCUUUUGGCGAUCUUGGCGAUCCAGAAAUCACGUAGGUUUCAGGCAAACUCAGACAUUCUUAUCGUAAGUUUGGCCACCGCCGAUCUCCUAGUGGGUGCUGUUUCAAUGCCACUGACCAUCAUAGUGGAUGCAUUGAUUCUUCAAGGAACUGUAUCAGAGAACAUAAUAUGCAAGACAAGUGAGGCUCACGUCUUUAUUUUCUACACUGCUUUCAAUGCGUCAGGUUAUCAUUUAAUUUUUAUUGCGUAUGAGAGGUAUGUUGCGAUCGUUAAAUAUUUAGAGUACAGGACUAAAAUAACCAAGAAACUCGUCAAAAGAUAUGUGGUAAUUGCAUGGAUCGUAGCCCUUGCAGUAAAUGCGAUGUUUACAGCACUAAAGGUCACUGGUGUUCGUUAUGAGGUCAUUCUGGUUAUUGAUAUCAUCUAUGGGACAGUUUUGUCUAUCGGUGUUUUACUUCUGUUGUCUUUCUAUGGCAUGGUUGGCAUCAAAACACUGAACCAGAAGCGAAGGAACCUAGGCCAAGCGGUUGCUGCAAACAGAGCAAGAACGGAAAGAAGAGUUGCUAUUACGUUGUUUCUGCUAACAGCUGCCUUCUUCGUUUCUAGUGUUCCUUUUAUCGUUGUGAAUUAUUUAGCGCCAAUAUUGCCAUUUUUCAGGGAGAAUUCAAUUUUCCGUUGGGCAGAAAUUUUCCUUCAAUUAAACUCUUUAGUGAAUCCUGCACUAUAUUUUUAUAGAAACACACUAUAUAGAAACAUUGCACUAACCCUGCUAAGAUAUGGAAAACGGCAAGAAAUUCAACCUACAGUUUGCAUUCAAGACCGUACCAGGGUACACCGUGGUUCUCGAGCCUCAUUUGAAGUCAGGGAACUCGUUCACACCAAACAAGCUCGAAGCCACUCACUAUCACACGCUUGGACAGCGGGGACACUUCAUCGAUUGAACACCAAUUGCAAAGGUGUAGAGCCAGAUGCUGUAAUGAUGAAUAGAAGAAUGUCAUGUCCAGCCCUAAGAAACUAUAACAACAUGCAUGUGAUAAUCCAGCCUGUCUUUCGAACUGUCACGGUGCAUAUUGAACGUGCACCCAGAAAGAAACCUACGAAGAGAAAUUUAUCCAAUGAUGGCAAAGAUGCUAAAAAUACAUAUCACUUCAAGCUGGCGAGAUCAAAGUCUGUGGAUGAAAACUCGUUGGUUGGGGCGAAAAGGGUUAGUCAAAGCCUAGCGGAAGUUAUUUCUCGAAGAUGCAAUUCAAUGCCAUCAGUUCUAAAGAUUUAA